UAGGCUUCGUGUGACCUAGUGAUGAAUGAAGACAGAUGGAGGGUUGUGCCCUUCCCCCGCCCUACUUUCUGGAACAACUUGAAAUAGAAAUUAUUGGUUCCUGGUCGCCGGAGCCUCCCUCUGGCUGAAAGCUGCCGAGAUGAAAGUGAAGCAAGGGUCUUUUCUGUGGUACCUUUACCUGGACAAAAUCUACUGCUUGUUGUCUUUGAGAAAUGUGAAGGCCUUGAUGGAGUAUUUUCACCUUCUGGACGCACACCGAAGGAACACUUUGAAUGAUGUGUUAUUUUUUCAUUUCCUCCGCCACGUGACUAACAUGAAAAUCACACAUAUCAAGAUGAUAUUCGACAUGCUGGACUGGACGGCUAUGGGAGAGAUUGGUUUUGACCAGUUCUAUGUGUUGGUUUGUAUUGUGCUGUCACAUCAGAGCCAUCUGGAAGAUCAGUUCAUGUACCGCCAUUCCCGGCCAGUUUUUGACUUGCUCGACUUGAAAGGAGAGUUGAAAAUAGAUGGGUCCGAUUUUGAAAUGUACAGAUUUCUCUUCAAUAUUAAAAAGCAGGAACUCCGGGAGCUUUUCCAUGACUUUGACAUCACAGGUGACCGAUUGCUUAAUUACAAGGAAUUUAAGCUGUACACAAUCUUCUGCACUGAAAAAUCCAUUGACAGGAAGAAAAGGAGGAAACAGAGAGAGGAAGAGAGAGAGCGAGAGAAAGGGAAAGAUAAAGACAAGUAUUAUCAGCAUCUAAAGAAGAUGUAUUCGACUGGGUUGAACCAGAGGAGUCGAAGUAUCCUUUGA